GCGCUUUGUGGCUCGUUACUCCUCCCCUCCCCCUCCUCCAUGUGACAGCCCCCUUCCUCCUCCCCCUCCUCGGUGCUGCCGCUGUGCAUUUGCUGCUGGGGGAUGAGCCUUGUAGCCUGUUCCUCGUCCACACCGCAGCCCGCAUAUAGGAGCAGGUCAAGAUAAAUAAACGAAGAGCAGGAAACACUGUCCACUUCUCUGGAUCACAUCGAACAUGUGCAAGUAAAGGAGCAGAAGAUGCAUAAAGGAAGAAGAACUGUGAUCGCAGUCACAUUGUGGCGUACUCCAGUCAGUUUUUACCUAGACGUAAUGGACUCUACUUUGGUGUGAUCUGGCCAUCACUUCUCCUCCAUUACAGCUGUUGGGUUUAUAACCUGUCUUUGCUCCAUUUGAAGAUUUACAUGGAGAUGGCUGUGUACCUCCUGAGCGCACUUCUGUGCUACGUACUAAGGGCUGAAGCAUUUGCCCCAGAUUCAAGACUCACAUGGCAAGAAACAGAAAUUAGCCUUAUUCGUUUUCAAGUACAAGACAUUUAUAACUAUUCCACAUUGUUGCUAAGUGACGACAAGGAUAUUCUGUAUAUCGGGGCCCGGGAAGUGGUUUUUGCAGUGAAUGCACAGAAUAUAUCGGAGAAGAAGCAUGAGGCUUACUGGAAGGUCACUGAAGUAAAAAAUGAGGAGUGUUCUCGAAAAGGCAAAUCCAAACAGAUGGAGUGUCUGAAUUACAUUCGUGUCCUGCAGCCAUUUAAUGAAAGUGCUUUGUACGUGUGUGGAACAAAUGCAUUUCAGCCUGUGUGCGACAUUCUGGAAUUAAACAAUUUUAAAUUACUGGGAAAAAAUGAAGAUGGUAAAGGGCGAUGUCCAUUUGACCCUGCACAGAGUUACACUUCAGUGAUGGUUGAUGGAGACUUGUAUUCAGGAACCUCCUUUACCUUCCUUGGCAGUGAGCCAAUCAUAUAUAGACACUCACAACACCAAAGCAACUUGAGGACAGAGUAUGCUGUACCUUGGCUUAAUGAGCCCAGAUUUGUGCAUGCAGAUGUUAUCAGAGCACCUGAAAAUAACCCCGAGGGAGACGAUGACAAGAUCUAUUUCUUCUUCACUGAAGUGUCUGUAGAGUAUGAAUUUUUCAACAAGCUUCUAAUCCCAAGAAUAGCCAGAGUUUGUAAGAGUGAUCAAGGAGGUCUACGAACGUUGCAGAAGAAAUGGACGACAUUUCUCAAAGCCAGGAUGAUUUGUCACUCGCCAGAAAAUAAUUUGAUUUUCAAUGUUGUCAAUGAUGUUUUUAUCUUGAAGUCACCAAUGGAAGAACCCGUCGUCUAUGGAGUUUUCACUUCUCACCUUAACAAUGUUGGCAUGUCGGCAGUAUGUUCAUACAGCUUAUCUACUGUGGAAGAUGUCUUCACUAAGGGAAAGUACAUGCAGAGUGCCACUGUGGAACAAGCACACACUAAGUGGGUGCAGUUUAACGGUGAAAUGCCUAAGCCACGGCCUGGAGCAUGUAUUAACAACGAAGCUAAAUUCAUGAACUACACUAGCUCACUAAACCUUCCAGACAAGACGUUGCAAUUUGUGAAAGACCACCCCCUCAUGGAUGAGACAGUGACUCCCAUAGGAAGGAGACCCAAGCUUGUGCAUCAAAAUGUGACCUAUACACAGAUAGUUGUAGACCAGGUCAAAGCCUUGGAUGGCAACUCUUACGAUGUCAUGUUUAUUAGUACAGAUAAAGGUAUAUUGCACAAAGCAAUCAGUAAUGAUAUGGAGAUGCGUAUUAUUGAAGAAAUAGUCCUGUUCCCUGAUCAUCAGUCAGUCCAGACGUUAUUGCUUUCAGACAAACUGAGCAAAAGAUACAUCUACGCUGGAUCCAACACUGAGGUGGUGCAGUCUCCUGUUGCUUUUUGUGAAAAGCUUACUUCUUGCACAGAGUGCAUACUGACAAGAGACCCGUAUUGUGCUUGGCACCCAGUCAAGAAUUCUUGUGUUGACAUCCUCAAGGAGAUUAAUACUGACAGGCUAUUGAUCCAGGCAUUAAAUGGAGAUGCAUCUCUCUGCCCAGAUUCUGCUGAUAAAGGAAUACGGGAAAGUAUGAGGUACAAGGUGAAGGCAGGAAGCACGGUAGAGCUAAAAUGCUCUUGCAAGUCUAAAUUGGCUUCAGUGUUCUGGACAUUCAAUGAUGAAACCUUGAAAAUAAACCCACCUAAAUAUCUUAUGCACGGUACUUUAAUGAUACUCAAUGUGACCGAGUUGGAUGCAGGCACUUAUCAGUGCUGGUCACAAGAGGUCGUAAUGGACAAAGUGUUUUCUCAGGUGGUCAUGAAAUAUCAUUUGGAAAUUGAAAGGACACCGCUGCCUCUGACUAGCACAACCCAAUCUACAACACGAAGGGAAGAACCCAUGGAGACCACUAGCUUUUAUAAAACCACAAGGGAGAAAACUACCAAAACGUCAACAACUCAAGCCAUGACAGCAUUUGUUGGUGUAACACAUUUAAGCAACAAAAUAACACCUACAGUAUCCCUGAUGGAGGUAUUCAGCUCCAUGCCUGAUGCUGGAGUGGGAAAGGCGUUCUACUUGACCAACCCAAAUGAUUGCUCUCUCCUUAUAAUCUUGGUCAUCGUAUUUUUUUUUCUUUUCAUCUUAUUGUUGACAUACAAUUGCUACAAGGGAUUUCUGCCGGCCACUUGUCUAAAGUAUCGUGAUGCUAUGUUUCAUGGCAAGAAGAAGACUCCUCUCAAUCUGAAAGACUGUGAACAGGGUGUUAAAGAAACCUUAGUGGAGAAAGUGUGCCCAGAGAACCAAUGUGGAGGAGUUCAGAAAGCACCUCAUGACACCGGUUAUGAGACCGAGCCAGACUGCGGCAAUGGCAACAUCACACACAAGGAAGUUGAGACGACAGAGGAAAAUGAAAAGGACCAACCAUUUGAUGUAAAGUGUGAAAUAAAAUAUGCAGAUUCUGAUGGCGAUUGAAAAACAGACUUUUUGAAAUUAAAGGGAACGUGUCACCUAUACUCUGAGAGCAGUAUGCCAAAGUGACAGGCUUGCUGAUUUCUACAGUGUGCCAUUUUUACAGCUUAUUUAUACAGAGGAGACAAACUACACUUGUUGCAAAGUGCUAGGAGUCCUAUUUAUCCAUAAGCUGUGGGUCCCACCCCCAAUUGCUGAUUGACAGAUUUCUUUCUCUCUAUGCACAGUAAUAUGGAGAAGGCUGUCAAUCAGUGGCAGGGGGAGACUCUAUCUCUUAUACAUCAGGCUCAAUGUUUUAUUGUGUGGCCAAACUACAGCAUAUCUGGACAUAGCAGAUGCACUGUUGAAAUCAGCAUGCCUUCCACUAUCAAAUGCAGCUCUCAAAGGGCAGCAAAAUGAAGCUGGCAUGUUCCCUUUAAAGCAUUCUGAGCCAUAAGCAAUGGGGCUGUUUUGCAGUCCACUAGUCCACUGCCCAGCUUCACUUUCGUAAAAGAAUAUGUGAAUAUUGGGAUAUUCCUUUUUAGCUAAGCCCUGAGAUACACUGGUUUCUGUGUUUUUUUUUAUUUUUUUUAUUUUUAUUAUUUUUUGUUACAUUCCUUUACGCUGUUCUGUUUUUAAUGUUUUUUGUUCUAUUCUCCGCAGACUGAUAAAGCGUAUUCAGUCAUUGCACAAUACCGAGUUAUAAAGUUAAUUCCAAAUUGGAAGUUCAUUGUUUAUCAGAUUGGUAAGGAUGUGCUCAUCUGGGCCCACAUAGGUCCCAUUAUUCUCUUUAGUACUUGAAGAAGUACAUUGAAGAACAACAUGCUGUACAUAUGUUCAGUGUUUUCCUUUUGCUAUGGUUUUGUGACAAAUAUAUUUUAAGUUGAUUUGCUUUCUCAGGGAGAAAAAGAAACAAUUUUUUGAUGUCCUUCCUUUUACAAUAUACAACAGAACCCAGGUGUUAUGUCUCACAGUAUUGACUGGAACCAGAGUAUGAAUAAUAAAUAUUAAAAUGGAAAGAUGCAACAAAUCCCUGCCCUCCGCAAUGAUACUGUGGAGCAGCAUUUCCGAAAUUAGAAGUGACUACUUGAAAAAAAUAAUUGCGUGUUUGGACAAUGAGGGAAAAAAAGAAACUGCUUCAGCAAAGACUUCUUUUUAUAAUAUAUUUUACCAGUCAGAACACUGGAGUGAGACUGCAGAAUCUUAUAAACUUGGAUUGAAAUGAAAAGACUGGAAUCUGAAAGCAUUCUAGCAGUAAUUUAUUUAGGGCAUACUUUCUAUAUACUAUAUAUAAGACUGUAGGGGAGAAUACACUGUGAUUCUUGCGGUUUAUAUUUCAGAAAAUGAUUGUCUAUUUUUCUAUACCACUGCUGUAUAAAUGUAAAUUCAGAAAGCCCUAAAAUUAAAGUAUUAUUUUAUUGUUUUAAGAAAAUUUGCCAGAGUUGUGACUCGUUGACAUUAAUUCAUCUACGGUAUUGCUCUUCAUGUUUUACACAACUACCUUUCCUGAACUUGCAUGAAUUUCAUUUUGUCAUAUACUUCUUUACUGCCUUUAUUUUCUUAGUUCCCUUUUUCUCUCUUCUGUCCCUG